ACCAUCGUGCCGUACGGACGUCUGGACUGUCUGGAGAGCGUUACAACUGCCGCUACAGCCGCCGCCGCGCUUUUACGGAGUGCGCGAAGCCCGUCGUGAAGAGACGCGAGACCGCGCAUCCAACGCCGUUGUCGUUUUCCCCGUGUCUUGCCGGUUGGGCCGCUAACCUAAAAAUCGCCGUGACCGCCGUUGACCGGCGUGGAUGAGACCGGCGUCUUCCGUGGUUCGUCGCCGGUGGUGCCCCUCGUCGACGAAGGAUCCUUUGUUUGACGCGCGCGUGUCCGCCGACGUCUGGCGUCGAGAUUUUGAAGAAGGUGAUCGUGCGAGGAGUGCUCUUCUUUUCUCUGAUACGUGAUACUUCUAGUAUUGUGCGAACUGCCGGUAAACGAUCUCGUUUGCUUAUCCUACUGUGACCUUGAACUUGUGAGUGUGUGUGCGCGUCUAUUCUACGGCCGAUUGCCCUCUCCUCGAGACGAGGGUGGGAGAACGAGGGACAAGAAGAGGGAGAGAGAAAGAGAGAGAGAGAGAGUGAGAGUGAGAUUCGGGGGCGACGUCGGGAUCCUGGAUGUGAACAAGGAUGUUUUCCUACGCAACUUUCCCAGUGGGCGCCGGCAUGGAGGCGACGAACGGCGCGAUCGAGCACGACUUCCACAGCACGCUGGUGCCGAUAAACGGUAGCCACUCGGGCAGCUCCGGCAGGAGUACGCCGAACGGCGGCGACCCGGCGCCGGGCAAGCUCUUCGUAGGCGGUCUCUCUUGGCAGACGAGCAGCGAAAAGCUGCGGGAAUACUUUGGCAUGUUUGGCACCGUCACUGACGUUCUCAUCAUGAAGGAUCCGGUCACACAGCGUAGCCGCGGUUUCGGCUUCAUCACGUUCGCCGAGCCCGGCAGCGUCGACAAAGUUCUCAAGUGUCCCAUCCACACCCUGGACGGCAAGAAGAUCGAUCCGAAGCACGCGACGCCGAAGAAUCGCGCGAAACAGGCCAAUCGCACCAAGAAGAUCUUCGUGGGCGGUGUGAGUCAGGACACGAGCAGCGACGAGGUCAAGGCCUACUUCAAUCAAUUCGGCAAGGUGGAGGAGACGGUGAUGCUGAUGGAUCAGCAGACUAAGCGCCACCGCGGCUUCGGCUUCGUGACGUUCGAGAACGAGGACGUCGUCGACCGCGUGUGCGAGAUACACUUCCACACCAUCAAGAACAAGAAGGUCGAGUGCAAGAAGGCGCAGCCCAAGGAGGCGGUACAACCGGGCGCUCUCGCCCUCGGCAAACGGGUGGUUCUGGGUGCCCUCGGCGUGCGGCUCGCGCCACAACCGCCGCUGCCGGUCGCCGCGGCCGCCUCGCAGCUGGUGGCCGCGCAGGCGCAGGCCGCGCAGGUGCAGGCGGCCGCAGCUGCGGCAGCGGCGGCGCAGGUGCAGAACGCGGUAGCGGGUUACGGCAAGCUGUUCGCCGCCACCGGCGGUUAUCCGGCCCUCUCGGCGUAUCGAUACGCGCCGUAUCCGAUACCGGCCGCGGCGGUAGCGGCGGCCGCGGCCGCCGCGGCGCCGACCGCACCCGCGGCACCAGCACCGACACCGGGUGCGGCCGCGGCUGCGGCCGCGGCAGCUGCGGUGGCGUCGUCACCGGCCGCCGCCGCCGCCGCGCAAGGCAAUCCCUAUCAGGGCUACUCGCUCACCAACGUCGACAUGUCGAGCUUCCAGGGCGUCGACUGGGGUUCCGUCUACGGGAUGGGAAUGUACGUUUAAAGAGGAGACAUCGACACGAUACAGCUGCCGCGACCUUGGUGAUCCAGCGACGAGAAAGAAAGAGAGAGAGAGAAAGGAAUCCACGUGUUCGUUCUUCCCGAGGUUGAUGAUCGCGGCUCGCGAACCCGCCUUUCGAGAAUCUCUCUCGAUUACGGGAGAGUUCAAUGUGUCUCUGGAGAAAAAUGACCCACCGCGCUCGCACUGCAAAAUAUACCAGAUAAUGAUAAUACUCGACGAAGAUAACUUCCGACUUCAUGCUUCCGAUCGCCAUUUCAUCGGUCGCUCUCGCAUCACCGGGAAGCGACGCUAGUAGAGAUGGGUUCUUCGAUACUUUUGUUACGGAAUGGAAUCACACACACACACACACACACACACACACACACACACACACACAUACCACACAUACAUAUACACACACGGAAAAGCAUACAAGCGGAACGGAUCCAAUGGAAAAAAAAAAAAAUAAAAAAAAAAAAUAAAAAAAAUAAA